GCUGUCAAACGCUUGAGUACUUUCAAUUCGUCUACACGCUGAAUAAAACCACAAAUCGGACGCGAAUUACUGCCAUAAUAGACAAAUAAAACAUAAAAAAAAAACAUUUUUCUAUCAAUUUGCAAUUUUUUCUUUUUUGAAUUUCUAUUUUACCGAAGCAAAAUCGCGCUGUUUUAUUUUUACUUAAAACGCGAAGUUUUCUUUUCUAAUCUAAUCGCAAGCAAAUUCUAAUUGAAUUUUAUUCUAGUGUUUCGGGUUGUGGGAGUUUUGCAUUUUUGUAGUGUCGAUUGUGUUUUAUUUUUCUUCCCUCAUCCCAAUUUUUCACUCCGCGAGUGCCCAACCCUAAUCUACGUUGAGAAUUUUUGAUCUUCUGAUUGUGAAUAAAAAGAACAUAGAAAAGAACAGGGUUUUCGGGAGGAAGUGUGUUAUUUUGUGAUACUUUCUGUGGGAUCUGUGGGAAGGUUGUGAUUUUUUGUUUCCGAGUUGCACCUUCACGUAUGAUCACACCGCAUUUGGUACAGUGCUCCUUUUUCUAUGACAAUUACAUUCAAAGUCAGCAAAGUUUCAAUCAGCUACUCGGCGAGUUCCCUUUCUUUGAUCGAGUUCAUUUCUAUCGGACACUUACAACAAUGUCGACGGCGUUUCUCACCGCAAUCGCAGUUAUUCUGUGCAUUCUCUUUAGGAUAUUAAAUGUGAACAGCCAGCCUUUGAAGCCGAGUGUCUGGUGCUUGGAUGAGACUUUCCUCGAUUGUCUCUACAAAAUUGCACCAGGUCUACGAGAACCAUAUGUUCCAACGCGAAUAUGGGGAUUUAGUGGUCAUGUCCAAACAGUUCUACAUAGUAUCGUUGGUCGUGUUAAGUGUCCAUGGCCACUAGGUGAACGUGUCUAUUUGUCACUAUUUGAUGAGUCGACGUUAACCUAUGAUCUCUAUCAGCCACUGAAUGAACACGAAGAUGAUAUCACCGUUGCUAUAUGUCCAGGAAUUGGAAACACAUCAGAAAGUGUUUAUAUUCGAACUUUUGUUCAUUACGCACAAUGCCAUGGCUACCGUUGUGCUGUUUUAAAUCAUAUCGGAGCCUUACCCAGUGUUCAAGUUACAGCAUCAAGAAUUUUUACAUACGGACAUACGGAAGAUUUUUCAGCAAUGGUUGAAAAUUUGCACAAAAAAUAUCCGUCCACCAAUAUAAUAGCUGUCGGUUUCAGUCUAGGCGGUAAUUUAAUAACAAAAUAUAUGGGCGAAAAGAAUACCAAUAAACCAAAGAAUGUUAUUGGAGGAAUAUCAAUAUGUCAAGGGUAUAACGCUGUUGAGGGUACAAAAUGGUUACUUAAUUGGCAAAAUUUCCGUCGUUUCUAUUUAUAUGUUAUGACAGAAAAUGUAAAAAAUAUAAUUUUAAAACAUCGUCAUAUAUUGCUCUCGGAUGAGGUUAAAACACGUUUUGGAUUAAAAGAAAGAGAAAUAAUUGCUGCUGCAACACUGCCAGAACUUGAUGAAGCUUAUACUCGGAGAGUGCACAAUUUCCCAUCGACACAUGAUUUAUAUAAAUGGAGUUCAUCAUUAAAUUAUCUUGACAAUAUUGAAAAACCAAUGAUAUUCAUAAAUGCUAAAGACGAUCCUUUAGUUCCAGAGGAAUUAUUAUCACCUAUUAAAGACUUUGCUCUUUCGCACGAACAGACGGCUUAUGUCGAAGUCGCCCAUGGUGGACAUCUAGGUUUCUAUGAAGGAGGACUUAUCUAUCCAAAUCCGGUUACAUGGUUGGACCGCACCUUAGUCGCUAUGAUAGGAUCAAUUGUUAUGAUACAUGCUGAUCCAACAUCCAGAAAGAUCUCAGUUUAAACUAUUUUUGGAACCCAAACGAAACAGAAUAAAAAAACAAUCAAAAUGAAAUCUUAAAUUAUUGUUUUAUGGAUUAAAACAAAAUAAUUGAAAAAAAUCUAAAUAAAGUAUUAUGAUAUAUAUGUAUGAUGUAUGUUUAUGUAAUUUUUGUUUGCUAUAAGCAAAUAAAACAAAACAAAAUUGAAUUGUUGCAUUUUUUCACACGAAAACAGCUGUUUAACCAUGAAUAUGAACUUAUUUUUGAAUUAGCAAAAAGAAAUCAUAAUAAAUUAUUAUUAAACUUACACACCUUACGCUCAAUAUAUAAAUUCAUUAAAUGAAACAAAAUACAUUUAUAUAGAUGUGAAGUGAUUCAUAAAAUUAGUGAAAAAAAUAUGCGCAAAAAAUAAAUUUAAUUGUUUAUGACAAAUAAUAAAUGUGUAUCAAUGUUUAAAACAAAUUAUAUACAAAAAGAAAAACAAAAAAACAAAAUUCUGUAACUGUACACAGAAAACAUUUUAUGCAUUUUUAUAACAUUUUGAAUCCAUUUUUUACACACGCAAAAUAAAAACAAAAAAAAGAUAAAUACAAAAAACUAAAUAAAACUGAAAAUUCCAAUAAGUUUAACUUUUAGGUAUUUUUUUAAACUGAUUAUGUACUUAUGUAGUAGGAUCAAAACAAAUUUGAAAUUUUUAACAAAAACAAAAUUAUAAAAUGUACAUCUAUGAUGGGAAAAAGUCAUAGAAAAGAGGCUGCACUACUUCGAUUAAUACCUUUUUUGUUUAAAGAAUUAAAAUAAUUGUAUUAAUUUCUCUAUAAGUUUAUUUAGAAAAAAAAAACAAAAUUUGUUUGAAAAUUAUUCCUAGCGUUUUGCGAAAAACGAAAAUGCUUUAAAUUUGAAUCUGAAUUAUUUUUAGUGUCCUUGAAAUUCCACCAAAAAAACUUCUAAAUUUAUAAUUAUUCAGUUGACUAUUACUUUAAUUUUCAUUGGAUGGAUGAACUUAUUUAAUUUAGUUGACGAUAAUUUUAAGGCCUGAACUCUUAUGACAAGGCUUGAGUAAAUAAAUUUUGCACUUGUCUUGCAGUUAGUCCUUAAAUAUGGCCUAUUAUUGAAAUACCAUUUGUUUUGAGUCUGUGUUAUAGAUAGUCCUGUUUUUUAUAAGUAAUAAUUUAUUUUUAUAUAAUACACCCGCCACUGUAUUAAUAAAUAUACUAAGAAACAAUUUGUCACCAAAUGUUAAAAUAAAAUAUAUAAUAGGCAUAAUAUUAUAUAAUUUUGUUUAAGAAAGAAAAAGUUACUUUAUUUGACUGUGAUUUAAAUUUAAAUUGACGUGAAGUUAAGUAACAAGUAAAAAUUAAAAUUUUGAAAAAAAUAAAUAAAACAAAAAACAAUAAAUCCGAAAUUUUAGAUGAGAAGAAAAAUACAUCUUGAAAACAAAAUUUUGUAAUUUAACGAAUAGAAUAUGAGUUCUGUAUUUUUUGUAUCGCCUUGAUCUUUUAUUUUCGUCUAGCAUAAACGAAAAUUGUUUCUUAUUGAAAAUAUAAUUUGCUUUUAUAAACAAAUAAAAACUAUGUAUGUAUUAUGGUAUAUGCAACGUCAUCAAAUGAAUUGAUUUAUACUGAAAAAGGCGUUUGCGAUCAAAAUUACAAAAUAUUAUCAAUAAAAUGACGUUUGAUUUA